GACGCGGCGGGGCCGCGGCGCGAGCGCUGGCCUCAGUCAGCGGCGGGGCGGCCGCGGGGUAACCGGGGUAGCGGGCAGGGGCAGGCGGGUCGCCGGGGCCAUGGGAGGCCGAACCGGGGCCGCCGCCGCUGCCUCUGCUGCUGCUGCUGCCGCCGCCGCUGGUGAGCGGUAGGACCGCCGGGAACAUGGCGGAGAGGCUGGAAUGGGUGGAAAUCAUCGAGCCUCGAACUCGGGAGCGCAUGUACGCCAACCUCAUCACGGGGGAGUGUGUAUGGGACCCCCCUGCUGGGGUGCGGAUCAAACGCACAAAUGAAAACCAGUGGUGGGAGCUCUUUGACCCCAACACCUCCCGUUUCUACUACUACAAUGCCACCACACAGAGGACAGUGUGGCACCGGCCACAGAACUGCGAUAUCAUCCCUCUGGCCAAGCUGCAGACCCUGAAGCAGAACACGGAGUCACCAAGGGCUUCCACAGAGAACAGCCCCGGAAGGAGCAGCAAUGUCAGCAGGGAGGGCAGCACCAGCUCCUCCCUGGAGCAGGAACUGGAGGGCAGCGAGAAGGUGCAGGAGCAGAGAUCAAGCCGUCAGUCAACCCAGUAUGCCGUAGUGAAAGAAGAAACGGAAAGUUCAUCGCCAUCUGGAGUGUUUGAGAAAGAAUAUGACAUUUAUCGGGAUUACAGUGCGGAAGGUCAACUCCUCCACUACAGGACAUCGUCCCUGCGAUGGAAUGCUGGCACCAAGGAGCGGAUGCUGAUCAAGGUGACCGACCGUGAGCCCAGCUUCCUCAUGCACCAAGGCAAUGGCUACACGCCUGAAAACCAACUGGGCACCCGUUCGCGGCGACCUUCAGGGGGCCAACAGUCACCCAACCUACAAACCUUCACUCCUGACACCGAUAACUCUGUUUUCUUCCCAGAGAGGAAGCAGUCACCCUUCUUGAAGAGGGCUGAGCACGUGGGCAGCUGCUCGCCACUGCUUGGCCGGGGGGACUCCUUCUGCUCCCCCCUCCAAGCCCAGCACCGCAAGCACUCCAGCGAGUCGCAACCCUCCUCACCCCGCUACGCCUAUGAGCCCCCCCUUUACGAGGAACCCCCCAUGGAGUACCAGGCUCCCAUCUAUGAUGAACCUCCUGUGGACAUGCAGUACGAAGCCAGUGGGAGCUAUAAAGCUGGCUCACCACAGAAAUCGCCCAUCCGUAAACCUCACCCCUUCCUGCAAUCGCCCAAGCAAGGCUCCAACUCGCCCUACCAGCAGUUGGUUCUCACCAAACAGAAGUGUCCCGACCGGUUCAUGAGCCUGGAGUACAGCCCUGCUGGCAAAGAGUAUGUCAGGCAACUGGUCUACGUCGAGCAGUCAGGCUCCAGCCCCAAGAUAAAGACGGGGCUGAGGCACAAAUAUUCCCCCAACCCCAUCGGCGGCUCCUACUCACUGCAGCACAGCCCCUGCCUGGUCCGGGACCAACGCUUAGAGAUCAAAUCAGGUGACUACAGCAGCAUGGAGGGACCCGACUUCUGCCCUGGCCCAACAGGUGGCCAGGUGGCCCAGAGCGAGGAUGCCAUGUCUUGGUCCAGCCAACAGGACACCUUGUCCUCCACCGGCUACUCGCCCUCCACCAGAAAGCGGAAAAGCCGAAAGCCUUCUGUGUCCCAUGACCCAAACACCUCCUCCACAGAUGGCUCAGGGGACAGGGAGGUGUUGGGUGAGCAGAUGCUGGGUGAGGAACGAGCCACCCCAGGACCCAACAGGUCACCAAUGAAUCGUACAGAGAGCAAGUCAGCAGAGGCGGAGGUGGCACGGGGCUUCCCCGAGCCCUUCCUGGCACAGGCACGCCUGGCUUGGGAAGCCCAGCAAGCCCACUACCACAUGAAACAACGGAGCAGCUGGGAUUCCCAAAAGGACGGUUCAGGCUAUGAGAGUGACGGUGCCCUCCCUUUGCCCAUGCCGGGUCCAGUGGUGCGAGCCUUCAGCGAGGAUGAGGCAUUGGCACAGCAGGAGAACAAGCACUGGAAGAGGAACACCUUCGAGAAGCUGGGCUUCCCCCAGAUCCUGCUGGAGAAGAGCGUCUCUGUGCAGACCAACCUGGCCUCCCCCGAGCCCUACCUGCAUCCAUCUCAGUCAGAGGAUCUUGGUGCCUGCGCCCAAUUCGAGAGCAGCAGACAGACCAGGAACAUGAUGCCUAGCGCCAGCUGUGUCUUCCCCACCUUCAACCUGCGGAAGCCCUCCUCAGAGACGGACAUUGAGAACUGGGCCUCCAAGCACUUCAACAAGCACACCCAAGGGCUCUUCCGCAGGAAGGUGUCCAUCGCCAACAUGCUGGCCUGGAGCAGCGAGUCCAUCAAGAAACCCAUGAUCAUGACCAAUGACCGCAAUGUCAAGAAGGAGGCGUGCGAGAUAUUUAAACUGAUUCAGAUGUACAUGGGGGACCGGCGGGCCAAGACGGACCAGCUCAACGUGGCCUUGGAGAUUGCCACCAAAGGCUGGAGCAUGCAGGGUCUGAGAGACGAGCUCUACAUCCAGCUGUGCCGGCAGACCACUGAGAACUUCCGUUACGAGAGCCUGGCCCGGGGCUGGGAGCUCAUGGCCAUUUGUUUGGCCUUUUUCCCACCCACUCCCAAAUUUCAUUCCUACCUAGAAGGAUAUAUUUACAGGCACAUGGAUCCAGUGAAUGACACUAAAGUGACCCAGCACAUUAAAGAAAUCCUGGAAAGGACCAAUAAGAAGAAAUCCAAAUUGAGAAAGAAACCCAAGCCCUAUAUCGAAGAGCACGAUGGGGUGGCAAUAAGCACUUACGCCAAGUACUGCUACAACAAGCUGCAGAAGGCAGCUCUGACAGGCGCCAAGAAGGGCCUGAAGAAGCCAAACAUCGAGGAGAUUCGCCAUGCCAAGAACGCCGUCUUCAACCCUUCCAUGUUCGGCAGCUCCCUGCAGGACAUCAUCAACAUGCAGAAGGAGCGGUACCCUGACCGGCAGCUGCCCUGGGUGCAGACCCGCCUCUCUGAGGAGGUCCUGGCACUCAACGGGGACCAGACCGAGGGCAUCUUCAGAGUCCCUGGUGACAUCGAUGAGGUCAAUGCACUCAAGCUGCAGGUGGACCAGUGGAAGAUCCCCACUGGCCUGGAGGACCCCCAUGUUCCCGCCUCCCUGCUGAAGCUGUGGUACCGAGAGCUGGAGGAGCCACUGAUCCCCCAUGAGUUUUACGAGCAGUGCAUCACCCACUAUGAGAACCCCGAGGCGGCCAUUGCUGUCGUCCACUCUCUGCCCAGGAUCAACAAAAUGGUGCUGUGCUACCUCAUCCGCUUCCUACAGGUGUUCGUGCAGCCAGCCAACGUAGCUGUCACCAAGAUGGAUGUCAAUAACCUGGCCAUGGUGAUGGCCCCCAACUGUCUGCGCUGCCAGUCAGACGACCCGCGGAUCAUCUUCGAGAACACCCGCAAGGAGAUGUCCUUCAUCCGGGUGCUCAUCCAGCACCUUGACACCAGCUUCAUGGAGGGCGUCCUAUAGCAGCUGCCACUGAGUCCCCCCCAUGAGCCCCCUCCCUCCGACCCCACUCGGCCGAGGAGCACAAGCCAGACCCUACAGAAGAAGGGUGUUGGGUGGCUCACACACACCCCGUCCCAACACCAUGGCACCCUUGCCCAUCUCCAUCCCCCUCUGCCCAUCUUGCAACAAGACACAGGACUGUUCCCCAUGCCCCACCCCGAUCCUCUGGCCAUCUCACUGCCCACCUCUUCACCAGCCAGAGGCAUCAGCCACUUUAGGGGGUCCCCAGGGACAGCAGCACCUGCAGAGCAGGCAAGGAGCAUCCUGGUUCCCCACGGACAGGCGGCAUCUCCAGCCCAGGUGUCCUGCAUGGCUGUGGGUGGCAGCAGGGACCUGGCGAGCGGGUGAUGGUGUAGGGGACAGCGGAGGCUGGGCAGGGACGGGGGGAGCCAAAUGGGCUCCCCCGCAUCUCUGUUGGGUUUGGGUCUUUGGCUGAGAGCAGAUCUGUGGGGCAGCCAUGGGGCAGGGAGCACCUCCAGGGUCAGGAGGAGCCGCUGGUGCUGAGCUGAGCAAAGGUCGAGCACCCAGAGAACGUGGCACAUUAGGGACCAGAGCAGCAAGUUGUCCCAGUGCCAGGAGAGUCCCAGCCCACAGGGAAGAAGACCACGGGCACAACGGGGGUGCAUCUUGCGGCAGAGCUGGGUGCACCCAGGAGUGGGUGCUUGGGGUCCCUUUGGGAGCUGUUGUGCCCCAGGUGGCUCAUUGCAGCCCGUUGCCCAUCCUGGGGUGCUGGAGGACCUGGGCAGGCAGGUCACUGCCCACAGACAACACAGUGCCCAUCCUUGGCACUGCACCGGAUCCAUCUCACCACAUGCUGGCAUCGCUGGACCCCAAAGGACCUGUCUCAUCACCCACCAUGUCUGCUUGGCCCUGCUGGACCUGUCACAGGACCAUCAUCUGCUGCUGGCCUUGAAAGACCCAUCCUGACACCUACCAUGUCUGCUUGGCCCUGCUGGACCUGUCACAGGACCAUCAUUUGCUGCUGGCCUUGAAAGACCCAUCCUGACACCCAUCAUCUCUGCCUGGCCCUGCUGGACUCAUCUUGGCACCCAUCAUCUCUUCCUGGUCCUGCCCAACCUACCUUGGCACCCAUAAUCUCUGUUUGGUCCUCCUGGACCCACCUUGGUGUCCAUCAUCUCUUCCUGGUCCUGCUGGACCCAUCAGGGUGCCCAUCAUCUUCUGCUUCUCCUGGACCCAUCUUGGCAUCCACCAUCUUCUGCUCCUGCUGGACCUACCUUGGUGGCCAUCAUCUCUGCUUUGUCCUGCUGGACACAUCUUGGCAUGUUGUAUCCUAAUGGUCCUCCUGGACCCACCUUGGAGCUCAUGAUCUCCUCCUGGACCUGCGCACACCAUUUUGGCACCUGUUAUCUCUGCUUAGCCCUGCUGGACACAUCUUGGCACCUGUCGUCUCCUUCUGCUUCUCUGGACCCAGUGUGGUGCUUGUCAUCUCCUCCUGGUCCUGCCCAACUCAUCUUGGUACCCUUCCUCUCUGCUUGGCCUUGCUGGACCAUCUUGGCACCUGUCAUGUCGUGCUUUUCCUGGACCCAUCUUGGUGCCUGUCAUCUCCUGGUCCUGCCCAACCCAUCUUGGUGCCUGUAAUCUGCUUGACCCUACUGGACCACCUUGGUGCCCAUCAUCUUCUGGUCCCAUUAGACCCACCUCAGUGCCCAUCACCUGUUCCUAGUCCUGCCCAACUCAUCUUGCCACCCAUGAUCUGUGCUUGGCCCUGGUGGACACAUCCUGGCACCUGUAACGUCCUCUUGCUGGACCCACCUUGGCACCCAUCAUCUCCUGCUUCUCCUGGGCCCAUCUUGAUGCCUGUCAUCUCCUCCUGGUCCUGCCAAAGUCAUCUUGGCACCCAUCAUCUCUACUUGACCCUGCUGGACACAUCUUAGCACCCAUCCUCUCCUCUAGGUCCUGCCCAGCCCAUCUUGGCACCCAUCAUCUCCUGGUAGUGCCAAACCCAUCCUGGUGCCCAUCAUCUCUGCUUGGCUCUGCUGGACCCAUCUUGGUGCCUGUCAUCUCCUCCUGGUUCUGCCAAACCCAUCUUGGCCCCCACCAUCUCUGCUUGGCCCAGCUAGACACAUUUUGGCACUCGUUAUCUCCUCCCAGUCCUGCCCAGCCCAUCUUGGAAUCACAUCAUCUUCUUGUCCUGCCCAACCCAUCUUGGGACCCAUCGUCUUCUCCUGGUCCUGCCCAACCUGUCUUGGUGUCAUCUCUGCAUGGGCUGGCUGGACACAUAUUGACACCCAUCGUCUCCUCCUGCUUCUCCUGGACCCAUCUCAGCACCCACCAUCUCCUCCUGCUCCUGGCCAGCCUGCCUUGACACCCAUCAUCUCCUGCUCUUGGACCCACCUUGGCACCCCCAUCUCCCCCAUCCGCACCACUGGAGUCGAAGGGCCCCCCCAGCAGCGGGAUGGGUCCCCCCUCCCCAUGGCCACCCCCAAGUGCCUUCGGCUCCACCCAGGGCAAAGCAGGACCGUUGGGGGCACCCAAGGACCCGAGGGGCACCCACCAGGGCAGGGGGGGCACCCAUCAGAGUAUAUAGGUCUAUAAAGAGAGUUAUUAAUUAGAACCCCCUAAUUUUUGGGCCAGAUGCUAUUUUCUCAAGGGGGGGGGGCGCCCAGGGGGGAUGUGGGGGGCUCCCCGGGGUGGGGGUGUCUCCUGGAGGGGACAGCCCAGCGCUACCUCCCAGCUCUGCUCACUGCCAGGUGCCGGGGGGGGGGGGUGGGGGGGCAGCGGGGGGGUCCCGGCUUCCUCAGUUUCCAUUGAAUUAUUUUUAUUUUCCUCCAGUUUUUAUAUUUUUUUCUUGAUUUUUUUCUCUCUCCUCCCCCUCCAAUUUUUUUUUUUAGACUCAAGGUUUUAUUUAUUAUUAAAAAUGAGAAAAUUAUUUAAAAAAAAAAAAAAAAAAGAGACAAACCCACC